CUGAAACUGACCUUGAACGGCCUGACAAGAGGCGGUCGUUCCGUAUUUGAGUUGUUGAGGGUAUGUUUGUUGUCACUUGGGUUGCACGAAUAUCAAAUUUUCUCGUAUUUGCGUCGUACUUUGCUGUAGUAAAUUCGCAAAAUUAAUGCGAAAAGCGUUCAUUUAACUUCCUCUUCUUUGUAGUGUACAAUUCGGCUCUUUGCUUCGUAACUUGACCUGUGUCAUUAUCGUCACAGAUUCUGGAUGCCUCGUAAAAAUUUGGGGGCCACAGCGUUCACUGGAACUGUUUCGACACUCGAUAACAACAUCAACAAUCGUGUAGAGUCAUUAAAUCGUCAACCGAAGAAAAACAUACUCAAGAGCGACAGCUUGCAUAAGUAUAUGUACAAGGUUUUUAAGUGGAAUUCACUAACAUCAUCAAGGAGAACUGUUGAGGAAACGAUAAUAGCCAGCAGAUGCUAUACACGCAGUGCCUCAAGACGAUUGCUUUCGCUGAUUAACCUACUUAACCCUUUUGCACGGACGAAGGUUUUGUUGGAACUGAAAAAAAUGCGUUUCGUUAAUAUUGAAUACGAAAUUGGUGACUGGUUGUUCAUGAUUGACUGUGACAAGCAUUAUGAAUUGGAUGCAGACACUUGCGAGUGCAAUUGUCGAACAUUUAUGUUUCGUCGAUAUCCUUGUCGUCACCUACUACUGGCAUAUGUAAAAAGACGAACUCUUACAGCUCAUCACAUUCUUAGACUAUGCACGCGAUGGAAGUUAAAUAACACACUUAACUUCCAUUAUAAUACAACAACAUUACCCAGACGGAGUAAGGGGUAUGUCCGGAUUCAAAGAACCCAAAAAAUCCUCAAACAACAGAUAAUUGAAAAAUAUGGUGAACACUUCGCUAUGAUGUUGGAUAGGAAAGUAAACAAUUAUUACUUAAAAUUCAUCAAUAACUAGUCCUAUUUACGACCAGUAUAUUCGGAUGAAUAAUUGGAGUGGCAUUUUUUCUUAAUCACAUGGUCUCCGGAGCCAAGCAUAUAAUAACUGAAAAGAUGUCUAUUCGACAUGUAACACUUGGAGAAGGUCGGCAGUGGUGGACGUGGAGACAUUCACUCAAUCGAAUGGCAUAACUCAUUGUUGCAGACGUGCUCAUUAUGUUUAACUUAUUUAUAUUCGCAUUAAAUAUAUUAUUCUAUCCC